CACCGCCUCCAACAUUCCAGAGACCGCAUGUUCACAAUGACUUCUGCAAGUCUUAAACAGUUCACGUAAAUCUUGAAGUUGCUGAAUGCUUUCUCUCCCGUGAAGUUCCCGCAACGAUCUGGAGCAUCACUUGAAUAACUAAUCUACUUCAGAACUUCUGUGGACAGGGGAACCGCCGAGUAUCACAAUGCAUGGAUUCGUUGUGAUAAUUGCAGUUUUCACCGGUGUUGUCUCGCAAGAGGCAGAGGUGCCGAUAACAUAUACGUGCACGGAUGGUUAUGAGUAUGAUCCCAUUAGGCAAGUGUGCAAAGAUAUUGAUGAAUGUACCAUUUUGUCUGAUGCCUGCAAAGGAGGCAUGAAGUGCAUCAACCACUUUGGCGGAUACCUUUGCCUUCCUCAGAGUGCACAGAUAUUUGUCAGUAAUGGUGAUGAGCCCAGUACGCCUGCUGACCCAAACUCCCCCAGUGUCCCCAACCAGCCUACCCGUACCCAGACCCAGACUAACCGCAGAGUGGUCCAACCUGGUAGAGGCAGAACAGUGCGCUGCAGUCCUGGCUUCGCCCUUGAUGAGCAGAACCUCUGCAGAGAUAUUGAUGAAUGUACAACUGGCUCCCACACCUGCAGUGCAGAUCAGACCUGCUACAACACCAGAGGCUCCUUCAGUUGUCAGUGCCAGCCGGGAUACCAAAAGAGUGGGGACCAAUGUGUGGAUAGAGAUGAGUGUCUCAUAUCCCACUACUGCAUGCACAGAUGUGUCAACACUGUUGGCUCCUACUACUGUCAGUGUGACAUUGGCUAUAAGCUGUCCAGCAACAACCACAGCUGUGUGGAUGUUGAUGAGUGUGAGGCUGAUAAUCCCUGUGAGCACCAAUGCUACAAUCUCAUGGGCUCAUUCAUAUGCCAGUGUAAUCAGGGCUAUGAGCUGGCAACAGACUCUGCCAACUGUGCAGACAUUGACGAGUGUGCCUUCUCCAGCUACAUGUGUCAGUAUUUGUGCCUCAAUAGCCCAGGCGGAUAUUCCUGCACCUGCCCGGAUGGAUAUCAGCUGCAGGGAACAAGAAUGUGCCAAGACAUCAAUGAGUGUGAAACAGGUCAUACUUGCACAGAGGAUGAGAUGUGUUGGAAUUACUAUGGAGGCUUCCGUUGCUACCCCAGAAAUCCUUGCCAGGAGCCGUAUGUGAGGACCUCAGAAAGUCGAUGUGUAUGCCCAUCCUCAAGUGUGUGCCGCGGCAUCGCCCAAUCCAUUGUAUACAAGUACAUGAACAUCUACUCAGACCGCUCUGUACCAGCCGACAUCUUCCAGAUCCAGGCCACUAACAUCUACCCCAACACACACAACACCUUCAGGAUCAAAUCUGGAAAUGAAGGAGGGGAGUUUUUCCUCAGACGUAUCAGCAAUGUUGGUGCCAUGCUGGUCAUGACCAAGUCCUUGAGUGGACCUCUUGAACUGAUUCUGGACCUGGAAAUGAUUACUUACCAAACGGCUAUGAACCACCGUUCCAGCUCCUUACUACGGCUCACCAUUGUUGUGGGGCCUUACCCCUUCUAGUGGUAACAUAUGCUGCUUCAACUUGUAUACAUAUACAGUAUGCUACAAUAUAGCUAUCAAAUGCAGCAAUGACAAGACUGAAGAGAUGGCUUGCUUUUGUGUGAGUAAGGUGUGGAGUGAAUUUGUUGGCUCUAUACACACUCUUUUCAGCACUGACAACCAAAUGAUGAUCACAGGCCAAAGUAUAGUUGUAAUGAAGAGUGUCCCUUAUUACCUGAAAGAAAUGGGAGAAAUAAACAAAACCAUCAUUGGAUUGAAACAUGCUCCUCUAUUAUGUAGUCCCAGGCAAAGUAAGGUUGUUGAUUUAAUCAAAUGUAGCUUCCCAGAACACCUUAUCAGCUGUAGCUUUGUUACCAUCACCUUACCUUGCAUGAAUUACAGUGUUUUAAAUGCAAUAUUGUAUAUAAUAUAAUAUAAUAUACAAUAAAUUAUUGAAGAAUUUAUUUCAGUUUUUGGAAACAAAGGGAGGAUGUUGAUACAGUUGACAUGCUAAAAUAUGUUUGUAAAAUUGCCUUUCAAUUUUAGCCAAAGCAUUCUAAACCAAUCUACCAAACUUUCAACUUGUACACUCAUACCCUUUCAUUAGAUAUGAUGCCUUAUUUUGUACAUGUAGCAGGGGUAACAUAAUGAAGACUGGUCGCUUUAAGAGUCAGACUGAAGCACUGUGGAAAAAUGUAAUGUUAUAACCAGGAAUAGAGGGAAAAAAACAUGCUCAAGGGAGCUGAGAUCAGAGGGUCCAUAAAUGGUGUCAGUGAAUGACUGUAUAGCUUUUUGUAUGAUGCUUCUUUAAUAAGCUUUUAUUUCUCUAUGAAGUGUUUCAUAAGUAGUCUUUGUGGCAAACUGACAAGGCAGUGCCAUAUAUCAGUAAGGCUCUCCGUUUUAUGAGCAAAAUAACUCAUUAUACAGAGUGGUGGUAAUUUGCUCCUUUUGUGGCUUUUUUUGUCACAUAGUCAAACAUUCAAAACAGUCAUAAUUAGUGACUCAAACCUCUAUAAAGUGCAUUUAGAAAGUUACAGGCAACCAGGUGCUGUAGUUAACAAAACACUCCAAAAACAUACAUUUGCAUUGUUAAUGUGGAGUAUUGGGCAUAAUAGUUAGAAAUGUCAUGUCAUGGCAACAUGUGGAAUGUUAACAAGCAUUGUAUAGUGUGUAACUUGAACCAAUAAUUGAUGAAAUCUCUCUCUGAUAAACCUGGCUUUUUUAAUAAAAAACAUAUUAUAAUGAAACUGUAUAAUUGAUAGAGAAAUGCCAUCAAUAGAGUCUCUUCAGUGGUCCUUGGCACCUUUAGCACUUUCGGUUAUAUUUACUCAAGGACUGAGUGUAAAAACUUAUUUUUUCUGGUAUUAUCUUUCUCCUUAUUGAUUUCAUGAUUUUACUGAUUUUCACACAAGUAAAGUUAAAUUAUACAUUAUACAUUAUAGCAAUCCACUUGCUUUAGGCCCUGACUAGGCCAAUUUUCCUUUUUUCUAUUAAAAGUGCCUUGUAUCAUGGAGAAGAUCUAGCCUGGCAAUCACCAGAUCAAGCUCAAUUUUUUAAGGUUGAACAUUAGUCUGGGGAGUCUGCUCUGUAUUUUCUACUGCACAAGAGGCAUGAUCAACGGGCAUAGUUCAAAUGACUGUGCCCAAUUGGAUAGUCCUUCAACCAAUCAGACCAACAAUCCAGAUGCACCAGGUGGAUACGCCAGUUUGUGAUUGGUCCCCACAGAUUUGUAACGGAAGUAGGAUAGAAAAAUUUGGAGGUUUCCAGCCUGAGCUGCAGGGCGAAAUCAAAUCGCCAGCAGAUCGGCUGGGUUUACCCAGCCUAGAGAAGAUCCCUACCAAGACAACCAUGCUUCCGUUCACCUCUUAACCUAUAUGUGUAACAGUAUGAUUGUUCAUCAAUUCUGUAUCCAAGUCUUCCAAGUCUCUUACCUAGCUAACAUUUAGUCCCUAUAAGUUGAUUAUUGCAUGAGAGCUGUAUUCUGAUUACUGGGCAACAGGCACUGAAUGGAAAAAGUGGAAGAAUCUGAGAGUUUUUCUUUACUAGUUGUCUGUUGAAGUCUACAGUAUUGAUCGCAUACAACUAUCAGUUUUGUCAGUAUGAUUUCUAUGCCAAAUAGCAAAAUCCACACUUGUAUUUCUGUAUUUAAAAUGUUCUCACAUUUCUCACAUUAACCAUGGUAAUGCCAUCUAUUAAAUGAAAUGUGUUGUGAAAAAUAACCCUAAUUAAUAAAUCCAUUGUUUUUC